UAGCACAAAAGAUUCACGGAUCGCCCGUUUACGAAAAAAAAAAGUAAGAAUGGCUCACGAUCAAGUUGCAGAAAAACUCAAAAACAUCUUCUUCACUGUGCAUCAUCAUCAUCAUCAUCAUCAUCAUCAACUUCAAACACCAAUCUCAAGUGAUUGGAUAUAUUUUGGAUGAAUUUGAUUCAUCUAUGGAAGGUGUGAUUGUGCCCUAAUUCAAUGAGCCUCAAUAUGCACAGAUACUCACCUGUUAGAAACCCUAGGUCAAAAGGUAUCAAAAUCAAGCAUGUUUUCAGAAUCUGUUUCUUAAUUUCUGUUUGCUGUUGGUUCAUCUUUCAAAUCAAGAGGUCUCAUUACAAUACAAAAUCUUUGGAGUCUGUUGAUAGUGAUACCGAGGUCUUAUUGCGUAAAAAUAGUGUCGAUGAAGUCGUUAAGUUAGGUAGGAAGGAUGUUCGGCCUAAGGAGACCGCGGUGAGUGAAGAGGAAGAGGAAGAUGACGAUGAAGAGCAUGGAGUCGAGGAGGAAAAAGACGAUGAGAUUGACGAAAUUGAACAGUAUAAGUUUGAUGAUGAAGAGAUGGUGAACGAAACCGAAACUGCGAACGAGGCACGUGAAGAACACUAUAAAGCGGAUGAUGCUUCUAGCGCAGUUACUGAUCAAAGUGAAGGGCAAAGGUUGGAUACCAAUAAGUUUAUUGAACAUGAAAGUCAAGUUAAUAGUGGGGUUAAGGUUCGAGAAACGGGCUUUGAGUCCGCCAACGUUUCUUUUGGUCAUGGUCGAUACGGUUCUAAUUCAACUCGGGUGGUGGAAGAAUUGGAAACUCUGUUAAAGUCAACUAAUGCGUCGGCAGUUGUUGACCCGCUAACAAUCUUAACCGCUGAAGAGGCUGAAACUGAAGAAGAUACGGAUGAAGUUCAACAUGACGCGAUAGAUUCGACCGAUGUUAUAGGUUUAGAGGAGCUUGACAACAAUGAAGAUAGUGUUGCAGAAUGAUGCAAGAUAGUUUGUAGUGUGAAUUUGAAGUUUGUAAUUGUUGUUUUCACAAUGUUUAUAUUUGGGAAAAUGUUGGUUCAAAGAGCUGAUCUCCUGUGAAAUGUUGUGGAGCAUUGGUAGUCGGUAGAUUAUGCAGGCUGCCAAAAAUGUAAUAAGCCAGUAAUGUAUCAAUGGGUUUAAUCUUAAUUAUUCUCUGAUUU